AUGCAACAACAGCUUUUGUUGGCCAAUUUGGGUAUUUGUACCAUAUUAGUGAGUGUGGGGGCAACAUAUUUUAGUGAUUUUGUCACACUGCGCCAACAAAAAAAUUGGUCAUUGGAGGAGUUAAAUACCGUACUGGAAAAUACUCGUAAUCACAAAUCAAGAGAAUGGAAUCGUUACUCCAAUGUGGCCGAUCAUUAUGGGCUGCGUUUUAAGCCUUUGCGUAACAUGCCACGCUUAUUUUGGAAUAAAUUCUCUCCAACGGUGCCCACGGAUGCAGUGGAUACUGUAACUACUGAAGUGGAAUCAACGGAGGAAUAUGACGAUGAUGAGACUGAGGAAGAACUCAUAGAGCAACCAGUGAUCGUGCUACCAACCGAACGUCCAUUGCGUGCGUCUACAGCGAGGCCAACCAUACUAGCUACAACACCUACAAGAGUCAAGGUUAUGAUGACAUUCCCUACAACAGCUAGUUCUGCUUUACCUUCCGACACCUUGAACUCAAUUAUGAGACCACCACAAAUUGGCACUGCCGCUGUAAAACCAUUACUUUUCCAUGGCUCCCCUUUCAAGCUCAAUAUCUUACAGCAAAAACAUGGUACCAAUAAAACGAAAGGCAAAGGUUUCCUCAGCCUAUUCGAAGUCAUCAAAUUCGAGAAUACCAAGUGCUCAGUGGCCAUGGGUGAAAUCGAUGUACGACUACGCACACUGGAGGGAAUUUGUUAUCAUGAAUUUGAGUGCAAAAGUUUAGGUGGCAUACCGACGGAGUCAUGUGCAGAGGGUGUGGGGGUUUGUUGUGUAUUUUUGACUGGCUGCGGCGAUACAACAAAACAAUCAGUGGUCUACUUUGAGAGCCCCAACUAUCCGAAUCCAGUUCGUGAAAUGUUGAUUUGUGUGCUGAUUAUUAACUUGCGUGACACUGUGCAACAGUUGCGACUUGAUUUCAUAAUGUUUGAGCUGAAUCGACCGACAGAUGGGGACUGUUUGGACGAUCAAUUUAUCGUAUCUGGUCAAAAUAUUAAUUUUGUUGUGCCAAUACUCUGCGGCAUAAAUACAGGACAGCAUAUUUAUGUUGAUGUCAGCAAUUCUUUUGAGAAAAAAAUAUAUUUUUCGUUCAUUACCAAAGUGGCUACGGGUGAUCGAUCUUUCAAUAUAAAAAUUGUGCAGCUCGAAGAUGCUCUUGCCCCCGAUGGUUGUUUGCAGUUUUUCACGGAAAAUGAAGGUGUUAUGAAGUCUUUCAACUAUGAUACAGAAGGUGCAUUUGUUAGCAGUGCACAAGCAACAUAUUUGAAUAAUCUAAAUUAUGCCAUCUGUCUACAACGUUCCAAAGAUAUGUGUUCAGUUAAUUAUAACACAGAGCAAAAUGGUGGCGAUCAAUUGGAUUUUCAGAUAAUUAACAAAGAUGAAGAUGAAGUUGAUUUAGUGCCCGAUGGUCAGGCGGGCGCUGGUAUUUUCAAUUGCCCCGACGACUAUAUCGCAAUCAACCAAGUGCGCCUCUGUGGUGAGCGUUUCAAUGAUGGCACCGUUACAGAUGACUUCACUCAAAAUGCACCGGUUAAGGACGUCGCGGCGGGACCAAUUAUAUUGCCAGUGCGCAGCGAUGACGAGUAUGUGGGUCGUGGCUUUCGCCUUGUCUACCAGCAGGAGCUAUGUGCUUGAGCUGUAUUUGCAUAUGUGCCUAUUAUGUGGUACUAUGCACCCUUUACGUGCUUUUAGUUUUAUGAUUUUCUAUUGUAAAAUUUUGUAAAUUUGCA